GCCUCCCGAAAACCUCCCCCACAGCCACCGACGCACUCUUCUUGAGAAAAACUGAUUUUCGGAUCUACUCUGCUCUGCUCUGUCCUUCCGCGAGCUGCUCUUACCGGUGGAGUGCUUCCCGGUUUUUCUGCCUCUCUGACCGCCGGACCCAGCUUUUGCUUGCCGGAAAAUUCUGGUAAGUUGCCGGCUCCUCCAAGUCCAAUUUAUCCAUGUAGUUGCUGCCUUGUGUUGAUUGGAUUUUCUGCUUUUGAAUUGCCCUUUUUGCUGUCCGAAAAUGGAAGAAAUUUAGGUGAAAUUGUGCUGGAAGGUGGAAUGAAUUUUGGUAGCUUUAAGUGGGUUUUUGUUUAAUUUAAGUGGAGGUUAGCUUGAGUUGGUUGUUGUGAUGUUAAUUGUGGAAGAAUCUUAUGACAUUCUGUGACUUGUUGUUUUGGCCAAAGCUCGGUUUCUCCAUGGCUGUCUGUGGAAUUGGAAACCAUUUAUAUGUGUGAUUGUGUAGAUAUAUAUAUAUACACAGAAUCCGAUUGUGAUGCCCAAAAUUGGAUGAAAUAAAUAAAUAAAGAAAAGAAAUAAAAUUUCCUUAUGGGGUUAAUUGUCGGUUCUUGAGUGCUCUAUCACCCGAGCACUUGGCUUGAGUUUCCAGUAUUACGGAUUUGAGGUAAGUAAAUUUAUGGUAAAACCCUUUGAUUUUAAAGCACAUUUUAAACUGUUUUUGAGAUGGUAGCAAGGUUUAAAUUGAUUUUAAAUUGAUUUUAUCAACAUCUGAGUGUGAUUAAACUUAAAUGAAAAUUUGGAUGAUUUUUAAUGAGAAUUUCCUUGUUUUUUUUUGGAAUUGAGCAUGAUUGGAAUGAAAAUGAGAAUUUCAUUGUUUUUCUGAAGUAGAGCAUGCCACUUGGAACUUACUGAACUGCUCUGAUGAUUUAAGAAUUUUUCGUAAAUUAUGAUUUUAUGUUAAAUCCAUGCCCACAUGGGAUUUUCUGGUUAUUUUUGAAAUUUGAGAUUUGCUGGUGAAUUAUGGAUUUUUUAGAAAUUUUGCAUGGUUUUGUCUCUGAUAUAGUCAUGAUUACUAACACCUGCUAGUGGGAGUUUGUAAACGCUAGCACAUGUCGACAUGUAUUUCUGUAGAACCGGUUCACCCUGCCAAUGGAGUUAAACAUUGGUCAUUACUAACGCCUGCCAGUGGGAGUUUGUUAAACACUGAUACUAUUACUGACGCCUUGCCAGUAGGAGUUUAUUAAACACUGGUACUUCUAUAACCCUACCAAUGGGAUUAAACAUUGGUUAUUACUGACGCCUGCCAGUGGGAGUUUGUUAAACAUUGGCCAUGACUUAUAGAUGAGACUACUUAUAGGCAUUAAAAAAAUGUCAAAAUU